AUGGGCUGGUGCCAAAAGAUUUCGCCCUGUUUGUCUCCCUGUCCGGGCGAACAGCAGAUCUCGUUGGGCGACGUGGACGAAGUGACGUUUUGGAAGAACCCGGGUGAGUCGGGAGACUGGCAUCUGAGCUUCCUGCAGCAGCUGCACGUUCUCGGGAAAGGCAGCUUCGGUGUCGUCUACCUUGUGCGCCACAAGCUAACCAAGGAGCUUGCUGCGCUCAAGUGCAUCGAGAAGCACCACCGCGAACAGGUCAAGGAAGCCCGACGCGUGGAGGCUGAACGUUCGGCAUGGCAAGCAGUUUCGCACCACCCUUACGUGGCUACGUUAAAGGCCUACUACGAGACAUCGAAAGCAUGGUGCUUCAUCAUGGAGUACGUGUCUCGGGGCACCCUUAGCCAAAUUAUUCGACGGUCGGGACCCUUGCCAGAAAGCAAGGCCAAGGUGGUGUCUGCUCAGCUGGCCCACGCGCUCAACUUCGUCCACGACGCCGGCUACCUGCACCGUGACAUAAGUUCGUCGAACGUGCUUCUCGAUGAGCGCGGUAACGCUCGCCUUAUUGACUUCGGCCUCUGCCAGCUGGGACUGGAGGCCAGGAACCGCUGCGGAUCGCUCGCCUACAUGGCACCGGAAGUGCUCCGAAGGGAACACUACGGCGUCGGCGCUGACUGGUGGUCGUUCGGCAUCGUCCUAUACACCAUGCUCAUCGGUAAAACGCCACUCUCUCAGUACGCCGCAGAGCAGAACAUCAACAUCCAAACAACCAGGAGAGAGCUUCGCUAUUCCAUGGCCCUGGCAGCUCCUCUUCGGUUUCCCCGAUCAUUGACAGACGAAGCGUACAACAUUUUGCAGGAGAUUCUUCGCGAGGAUCCUGCAAUGCGGCUUGGGUGUCGUUCGAGUGGCGGACCCGGCAACGGCGGCUUCCAGGAGAUGAUGCAGCACAAAUUCUUCUCUACCAUCGACUGGCGGACGCUCAUAGGAGAUGUACGCCUAAAUCCUCGCACGGGCUCCCGGAAUCCAAGAGAAGAAGCUGCAGCUAGCGGAACGCCUCCCGGUCGAGCCACGCGCCAGCGAAACUUUCUCGACCUGAGGCCGCCGUGCUGGUGCGCGCUGGACGACACCUGGCGACCUCAACGCCCGCCGAGGAAGCCCCGCGCGCGGAAGCCGGCGUCUCGCUCGCACCAGCUGGGCGACCUGAGCGUGGCCAAGGGACGCCCUAACGGACCGGCCACCGGCUCGCAGAGGGAUCAUCCGGCGCCGCUUCGUCUCGGCAGCUGCAGUGACGUCGAACUCGACGCCCAGGCGGCCGGAGUGACGCAACGCUUGGGAUCCAGGACGUGCGCGGCGGCGAGGCGGAGGAAGGCUGCCGCCAACGCCCGCCGUCGCGACUCGCUGCGCCGUCCGGUGCCGCAGGACUGGUGCCGCCCGCGGCCGCUGCCCCGUCGGGAGUUGCCGAAGAUGCCAUUGCUGCCCGAGGCGAACGGAGCAGAGGGAUUUUUUUAUCAAUAA